AUGUUCCUGCCGGGGGUGGGUCUCUUGUGUUUUACUUUACAAAUCCAAGGUGAUGUAGAGGGUGGUGGUACUGGGGAAGAGAAGAGAACAGGAAUAGAAGGAGCGGGCGUUAGUCACUUGGAAAUGGAUCAGUAUAUUAUUGGGCCCCCAAUUGGAGAGGGACGCUUUGGUGUUGUUCGCGCUGCGGUUGUAAAGGGCUCUGGAAUGCCGGCUGCAAUCAAAUUUAUCACCAUAUCCCGUCUUGAUGAGGGUAUUCCGCAUCCUACGGCGCGAGAACUACUUGUUGCUAUCCGAUUGGUUCAUCCCUUUAUUAUUCGUACAUAUGAAAUAUUUCCAUCUGGCUGUUCCUUGGCACUAGUGAUGGAGCGUUGCAAGAGCGAUUUGGCAACCGUGCUCUCAGGGAGAAGUGCCAGUGAUCCGCUUUCCACAUCUAAGGCAAAAUCCCUAUUCAAGAUGCUUCUUAUGGCGUUAGCAUACAUGCACAGCGAAGGUAUUCUCCAUCGUGACGUGAAGCCGUCAAAUUGUUUCUUGACUGGAGAGGGGGAACUACGCCUCGGUGAUUUUGGUUUAAGUCGUCUGUGGGAUAGGGAAGCAUCCAUGACGCACGAGGUGGUUUCGAGGUGGUACCGGGCGCCAGAGUUACUUCUAGGCCAGAGACAUUAUGGACCGGAAAUUGAUAUGUGGUCCUCCGGGUGUGUGCUUGCAGAACUUUUACGUGGCUACAGUGGGGCUUUUUUUGCAGGUGAUGGGGAAAUUUGGCAACUUUCACGAAUAUUUGAUGUAUUAGGGACACCGACACCCAAAUCUUGGCCAUCAGCGGUGCUUCUUCCAGAUUGGGGAAAAGUACAUUUUGAGACGAAACCUCCUCAGCCUCUGCGUGUCUUUUUCCCGGACGUGUCUGAAGCUGCGUUGGAUUUGUUGCAGCAGUUACUUUGCUUGGAUCCUCAAAAGCGCCUGACUGCUGCUGGUGCCCUUCGUCACGCCUACUUUUGUGAAUACCCGACUUAG